GGCAGGUGGACGAUGGGAGAAUGCAGGAAGCCAUCUCCAUCUUCAACCAGCUAGAGGGUGAUCCGGAGUACGAGGAAAGGGCCCUGGUGGGCCGAGGCACAGUGCACUUCCUAACAGGGCGGCACCAACAGGCUCUGGCCGACCUAUCCCAGGUCACCUCCCGGUUCCCCCUGAGCGCGGAUGCGUGGCAGAGGAGGGGCGUGGUGCUCCAGCAGAUGGGGCUGCUGCAGGAGGCCCUAUCCGACAUCAACAGGGCGGUACAGCUGCAGCCACAUGAGCCCCACCACGUCAAGCAGCGAGGAAAGCUGUUGUUCCAAGUCAAGGACUACAGGGCUGCAGUGGCAGACCUCUCUCCCCUGCAGGACACACCCCUGGCCACAGCUGACGUCAUGCGCACUCUGGGCUGGGCGUCAGCCGCGCUGGGGGCGUUCAAGGCGGCAGCCCAAGUGUACGGGCGAGCACUGGAGCGCUUUCCCCAGGAGGGCGCACUGUGGCGCGAGAAGGGGUGCUCGCACAAGGAGCUGGGGGAGGCUCAGCUGGCGCGGGCGUGCCUGGAGAAGGCCGUUGCUAUAGAGAGGGCGCCGGAGAAUUACCACAAGCUCGCCCUUCUGCACAUGCACACAGGCAAGCCCAGGCAAGCUCUCAAGGUGGCAAGCGAGGGGCUUCGGCUCUUCCCUCACAGCACCGCCCUGCACUACCUUGCUGCCUCCGCCCACCACGCUCUAGCCGACCACGCAGCUGCCGCGAAGCACUACAGCACGGUCCUCAGCACGGGAGGACAGUCCACAGAGGAGCACGCGCAAAAGCACUACAAUCUCGCGUUCUACCAGAGGGAGGUAGCAGCGUACACGCGCACCUGUCUCACCCAGCCCUUGACAGCAUGCAACAUCGACGCUCAUCUGCACCCCGCCCUUCUCGAAGCAUGGAUGAAGCUUGAGCCCCCCCACUUGCUACCCCCCUCAGCUCCCAGAUACACAGCAGAGCAGCACCAACAGCAGCAGCGCCAGCAGCAGCAGGGGGAGGUGCGGCUAUCAGCGGGUGCGGUAGCCCUGGUGGCAAAGGCGGACAAGGUGGGCCCGCGAGCCAUGUACCGCGUGGGGGGCUUCCUGCACGACAAGCGCAAGCUGCGCAUGGCGGGGCUGGCAGCGCUGGAUGUGAUGCAGCAGGCCAGCAGCACAUGGCAGGCCAUGCAGGAGGACGAGGAGGAGGAGCAGGAUGGCAGCGUGGUGGGUAGCAGCAGUGGGAGGGAUGGCAGCAGCAGCAGCAGCAGCAGCAGCACAGGAAAAGUGAAACAGCAGAAGAGGAGGGGGGCGAGGAUAGGAGGGUGGAGGGACGUGUUUCAGGCGAUUGUGAGAUGGAGGCAGAUAGUUGACCCCAUGGAUGCCGUCUCGUGGAUCCAAGACGGCAAGGCGAGCUACGGCAGCCAUGUGGCGGCGACGCCCAUAGUGGAUGGGCAGAUGGACAACUACAAGUACUUCCAGUUCUACGACAGGGCGUUCUCUCUGAUCAAGGAUCGGCUCCUCGCUACACGCUCAGCCACAGCUGACUCUGGCACCUCCAGCAUAUCCCUCUCUGCCUCCUCUCUCAAAAAGGUGCGCAGGGCAUCAGGGUUGGGGGAGCUGCAUGCAGCAGUGGGGAGGGACUUCUAUGUGCAGCUGCCGUGCUACAGCCGGGCCAACCCAGGGGCGGACAUUGGCGGCAUUCAGCUCUCGUUAAUAAGCACCCCUCCUGGAUUUGUGUUUGCCAUCCGCAUCGGCCUCUCGCCCCAGCGCUGGAGGGACUUCAAAGCCGAGAUGGACGCUGCCUGGAAGUCACUCUGCACAGCAGUGGUGGAGGCACGGAGAGCGCAAGGGUCCGCCCAAGGAUCAGGCACAGCCAGUGACUCCCACACGCAACACGCGCACAGGCAGAGGGUCCAGCGGGCCAUUCUGGACCUCGCUUUCUUCUGGUACCACCUGUCGCCUCUGUCGCGGGGGUCGGCCAUGGUGGGGCUCAUCUCCAUGCUGGGCCUCUCCAUGGCUGCCGGCAUGGAGACCACCGCGCUCGUGCCCGAGGGCAUGCAGGUGGACUGGGAGGCCAUGCUGGUGCCGGACUCAGCUGCUUUCAACGCCACCAUCGCUCCCUGGCUAUUCUCCUCCGUACAGCAGCCUUCCUGGGACCUACCCAAUGUGCACGAUGCCCUUCCCACCACCCAACAUGUGCUUGCAGCCCUCAAUAUGUAGCUACAGACUGUAUUAAAGUAGAGUGCAUGGACGAAUGACACAAGUCCCGGUAGGUACCUAGGUGUUGGAAAUGUCAAGAUUAUAUAAGUUAUAUAUAAUUGAUAGGCUUGAUAGUUGUGCUAUUGCAUCCUACUGUAGAGGGGAUAACUCCCCUUCUUGUACCUCAUUCUCUUCUAG